AUGGCUCGAUCAAUCGCCCUUACCGCACUUCUCUUCGCUCUGCCUAUCGCAGCUGAGAUCACCAACACCCCUGUCAAUUCCGCCACUGCCACUGUCGACACGCAAGAUGCGAUCUCGUCGGUCGAGUCCUCAAUCACCUCCCUUGAAAACACUAUCCCUAUGACGACUGCUGCCCCCGAAACAACCCUGAACUCGGACGAUAUUACCAUGGUAGUCUACUCCACUCAAACCCGAAGUAAUGGUAUAGAUUAUAUGGCAUCAGCGUAUACUCGGGUCAAUGGAACUUUCCCCCCAGCUGCUUACCCUACCGAUGUCGUCGACAAUGCUGGAUCUGGAUUGGUGGUUAAGUCUGCCGGACUUGUUGGUGGACUUGCUUGUGCUCUUGCCGCUAUGCUCUAG